AUGUGUUUUUUUUCCCAGACUCCAUCAAGGGAAGGAGGAGGAGAGAGAGGAUAUGAUGGUGGUAGAGUAGAUGACAACACGUUUGGAGUCAUGGAAGGGGAUGAAGGUGACCCUGGUGGUGGUGGUGGUGGUGGUGGUGGUGAUGAUGGUAGUAGUGAAGGAGGUUUACGACUUCUACCUCCCCCUUACUUCCAGCUGUUUUUGUGCUGUAUGUAUCCACUACUUUUGCCUCCUCGACCACCAUCACCUGAUGACGGAUAUGAAGAGGGGGAUUUUGAAGAGGAAGACUUUGCUGAUGAUCAAGGUGGAAACAAGAAUUCAGUAACUUUUUCAGUUUUUUUUAGCACUAAAUUUACUUAAGAUUACAGGCACGUUGCUAGCUGUAAUGACUCUUUCUAGCUGCUAGUUUGAAUCGGUACUGGUGUACUGUUCGAGUGAACAAUACUACACAUCUUAAAGGCGAUACAAAUUCUGGCUGGAAAUUUAACUUAAUUCGCUGACUAUAAUGGGGCCUUGCUACUUUUUGUAAACCCCAGAUGUGCAAAUGGUCUUUGAAAUUUGAUCCAUAAGUAUACUCGGAUUUUUUUUUUUUGCAAAAAAACUUUGGUGAUGAUCAAGGUGGAAACGAGAAUUCAGUAACUUUUUUCAGUUUUUUUAGUACAAAAAAUUAAAGGCACUUUGCUAGUUGCAAUGACUCUUUUCAGCUGUUAGUUUGAAUCGGUACUGGUGUAUUGUUGAUAGGUGUAGUACCUAUGUUGAAGAAUGAAGCUUCCUUACUUUUCAUACCUAGAGUCAAUUCCCAGCAAUGACUGCCUUGUAGUAUAGUAGCAUCCUGUAUAGGAGUGGGUUAGAAACGCCCCUGCUUGGGGAAGUUUCUACGUUCUGGGCUAAUUGUGUGCUUUUGUGGACUUCGUCAAACCCCUAUUUGUCCCUAUCGUUUAGCCUCAAUUACCAACCCUGUUCAUGAAGUGAGUCCGCGGAACACCAUGGAAUCGGGAGUUCUGUAGACCGGUUUGGAGAUGACGGUGGUAAUCGAGAACACGUGCACUUUGAACUAUAAUUAAAAUGUUAAACGUGUUUCGAAAAAGGUUGAAUUAAUGUACCCUCUGUUUAAUCCUAACCUUCCCUUUGUUCCUGUCAGAUUAUGAAGAAGACGAUCAUUUGCAGAGAAACAGAGGGUGAUGCAUUGAUCCACCACGCUUCAUGGUCAUUGUUAGAUUUCACCUCUAUGUUAGCCAGUUUUUAUUUAAGUAGUUUCCGUUUAACUUGUAAGAUACUUUUUUCCGAUCCUUUGUGUCCUUAUUCAAAUAUUGUGAUUUGUGUAACAAUAGCACCUCACACCAUUUAGUUCAUAAGAAAGUACCCUGUACAGCUUUUACGAUUACUAAUUGAGCUUUCACUCUGGCAUGAUGUAUGUUAGAGUGCUCUACAAAUAAAGUCUGCUCUGGAACCAAAACGCUGUCUCAUUCUUGACGUCCGUAUAAGCUCGCUCGAAGUAGAUCUCCGUGUAUCAGGAAAUCGUGACGAGUUCCCGUCCUCGCAAGCCGAGUGGUCUCCACCGAGUUAAUCCAUCCCUCCCCCCGUUUUGUACGUUUCCCGCGAAGUCCUGUUUAGUGCGCGAAAACCUUAUCGUCACACUUGUCACGUCUGCAUUGAUUUAAUGAAAUAAUAAUGUACCAUUUGCUUGUAAAUGUGAGAACAUCACAGGAACGUUUACAGGCUUCUCAAAACAUAACGACGUUCAGCCCCAGCUCCAAACUUAGACUAGUGUGUGAGCAGGCCCUCGUUACGAGCCCUUCAUUACGAGCGUUUCUUCGUCCACGAAUAAGUAGUUUUAGGCCUUGAGUAACACUAAGUCAAGAGAGGUUUGCAGGGGGUCCUGCGCGUGGGAAUUUCUCAUGGCGUGAAAAGGAAAAAAGAAAGUUAGCAGAAGGUAGCCGUCAAGAAGAGUUUGAAUAAUUUUUUCUCGACCAGGUGUCCAAAACAAAUCGUCAACUCUCUAGCGUUUAAAUUGCCCUUCCAGAAAGGGAAGUAUAAUUCAGACGGAUCUCUGGAUUGUCAUGGUUCACCAUUAUUCGCAUGGGAGCAGUUGCGAGACAAAGAAGAGGCUAUUUUUUGGUUUUUGUGGCGAGAAACAAUUCUGAGAAGGUCGUUAUCUAAAAGCUCUUAGAUGAGGACGAGAAGGAAAAGCGUCUUUUUCUCAAAAAGCGAAAAUACUCUCUGGGAUUAAAAGUGAACAUAUUGUUGAGUUUAAAGCUGUGUGCAUGGAACCGCCCUGUGUUUUAGGAUUUGGGGUCAUUUCCGCCGUUCCGUUGUUCCGGCUUUUAGGGUCGCCCGUCCCCACCUUCGAUAGAAUUGUCUUAGCCAGCCGUAUUGUGAUUAUCAGUUCGAAGUUCAAUCCCCUUUUUUGCCCAAAAAUGACGUAAAAGUUUUUCAAUUGUAUUUGUAGUUUAGAACUUGUAAGAGUUCAGUGUUGGGUCUUACGUAGCCGAUGUAGCACAAUUAUAAAUCAGUAAUAAAGUCUUGAGCCCUACUUAAAAACCUGUCCUAAAACAGUUUCAGGUGUGAAUUAAUUCCACUUUGGAUAAUUUCGAUGGAUUUUGUGAUACGAUUGUUGAAAGGUGAGCCACUACUAUACAAACAAUAUUCCUUUCAGAACCACUCUCCCUUGGACGUACUAUUUCCAAAACGAGAGCGAGUGUUUCAUCGGGGUAUCCAAACACCGAGAAACAAAUAAAAGUACGAUGUGUUUGGAUACCCCGAUGAAACACGAAGCACGAAUUUUGGAAAUAACUUCUCAUGAUCACUUUUAAAGAAACAAUAAACAAAGACUUCCAAAGACUUUAUGGUGCGAUUUUUUCAGUCAGGAUGUAUACUGCAACCAAGUCGCUCGGGAGAUUUCGGCAGCCGAAAAGUGUGGAAGAUGAGAAGAAAAGUGUUGAUAAUGCAAUACCGAAAUCAACAGCCUAUAAAACCAAAUGGUCGUGUAAGGUUUUCGAAGAAUGGAAACAGAAUCGAUUAGUGAAGUCCUGUACUUUGGAACCCGGCGGCCUUUUUACCACGAAAUACUUUGAGGAAGGAGUACAAACUUUGGACACGGCCAUUACAGAUAUGUCUGCAUGCAGUGUGAACUACUGGCUGUCGAAGUUCGUUCAAGAAGUAAGCAACUCUCGAAUAUGUCAAGUUUAGUGAUUCUGAGGUAAAUGUUUUUGUAAAUGGGCUUAAAUAAGAAAAUGAAGAAUUGUAAAAGUAAGGUUACUUGUGAGUAAUAAAUAUUCAUUGAUUUUGUGCAAGUUGUCAUUGUGCCUAUUUUAGUGGUAUAGACCACUCUCACUGAAAAAAUUUUGCAAGGUAGUCAUCCACCACUUCUUCCCGCAUAUAUGAUGUUACAAUGCUGGAAAAAUCUCUUAGAGCUUGGCAGAAACUCGUGCAAAUACUGCUUUCCUCUGAUCAUGCUUUUUUUAUUUGUUGUUCUUUCUUACAGCUCAGUAUGUAGACGACCUCCCUGCUGGAGCUUUGUGCUAGUCCGUAGGGUUUCAAGACUUUGCAGUCAAACCACUCAGCUAUGCCUCGAUCUAUAGGGUUAGAGACAAUGAACAAUUGUGGCCGAUUUGUCAAACAAAAGUGCUUAUAUCAUCAAUUAUUUUACUGCCUGGACUUUAAACUUUGUGCUUGAAGAAUUUUGACCUAGUUACUCUUUGGAUUGGAUUGCUUAGAUAGCUGUGCUUGCUCUCCUGUAACAGAUUUCGAAACCUCUAGGAGCUAGUAAAUGCGUAAUUAAAUUAGCAAUUAAAUCUCAGGAUCGAUCUAUCAACCAAUCAAUGGAUUUUAUUUUAAGAGAGGAGCACGUGACAGUAGAGGAACUAAUGACCCCGUGGCCUUCUGUAAGAUAAAGCUUAAGAUAUAAAAAUAAAGUAAGCGAUGAUCUAUACUACAAAUGUUGCAUACUGCAAAAAGAAAUUAAAAACUUAGUAUAGGUCAUACAUCUCUAUAGAUAUAUUUACAUACAGUACUAUUUAGUGUUAUUCUAGAGAGUAAAUCAGUGAAUUGAACAGAGAGACUAAGAUGGCGGCCUAAGUUGUUAUUUUCUUUCUGUCAGAGAGUUUAUCAAUUGCUUUUUGAAACUUUUUGUGUCCUUAGAGAUUUUGAGCUCUUUAUUUUGGUUAUUCCAGUCUUUAAUUAAUCUAGAACCGAGAGAGUGAUCGACCCCCUACAGUAGAAUUGUUAUAUAUGGGGCAGCGUAGGUUUUAUUGCCGAAGUGUGUAUUUCUAGAGUAGAUAUCAGAAUUCAGCUGAAGUAUAGAUUUCAGGUGUUUUUCUGAGUGUUCUUUCGAUAAUCAUUGUGCAUCUGUUGACGUAUGCGUCUUGAUAGAAGGGAUCUUAAUAAGAAGUCUAUUUCAUGUAUUAUUUAACUCCCCCCCCCCCUUGAAUCAAUCGAGGGAACUAAAGGUGCCCGCCAGAACUUGUCAUGCUUAUCUAUGUUAUCCAAAAGUCGUACUCAAAAAUCUAUCCUUAAACAGUGUAAAUUAAUCCCACUUAAAUUUCGAUGGAAUUUGUGUUAAAGUUUUCGAAACGUGAGUCACUACUACAGACAACAGUCGUCAGGGCUUCUCUCACUUGGACGAUCAGAAUAUGAAAGGAAUCUUGCCUUCUUAGGUUUAAAUCGCAAGAUUAAAUACUACAAAAAACUGAAGGCGAAUAGAUUUGUCUCAGCUUUCACUGUUGAAUUAGACAGCGUGAUGAUAGGGGACACUAACACUUGCACAUCCUUUAUGAUCAAAGUGAAACCUUUUGUCUCUCAAUACUUCCUACCUGUGCUGAAGUGAGCUCUUCAGGAAUCUAUCAAUGUCGUUCCUCGAUGUAAGAGGAGAACUUUUUGGGAGUAAGGUGAACAAACAGACCAAGUUGUUAUGUGGCAAUAUUAUACAUACUUCUUCACACAAAUAUCAUCGUUAGACCGAAACACACGAAAAUAUUUUACAUAAAAGAUACUCUGAUUACAAGUUUGUUUAGUUUUGCAUAAAAAAACCUUCUGAAAUGACCCUCAACGACGCAAGAAAAAUUAACCAAUCGGCGGGAAGAGCAUUCAGUCAUGUGGAUUCGCCCCCCCUCAAAAAAACAGAAACGGAAGGCGUAGUUCAAAAGUGCUCUCUACUCACUUGACAGAAUAAAGUUUGAAUUAAAACAGAGAUUCAAAAAUUGACAUCACCAUGUGGAAGAGAACUGAAGACAAAAGGUGCGUGUAUUAAUGUUCCAAAACCGUUUUACUUUGUAAAAAGCAACAAUCAUGAGCGCGUGUUACAAUGUUACAGGGAAAGUGCACAUUACAAGGUUUCGUUUUAUACUGUAAAAGGCAUUUGUCCCUGGCUUGUUUAUGUGUUUAUAAUUACUGGAGAAUAUUUAAAGAGUUAACAAGCUCUUCUGUACGAUAAUUCGUUUAGAUUUUUGUUGUUGUUGUUGUUGCUGUUGUUGUUCGUUGACCUUGCCAGAAAACGGUAAAAACUGGUUGGCUUACUUGUUUGUGAGUGUUUAAAUAAAACAAUGUGCCACCGGAGCUGUAAACAGUAUUCUCAAAGGAAAAACCUUGCAAGAAUUGCUUUCGGUGAUUCUAAUUGUGGAAAAAUAAAAAAUACCUGUAAUUAGGGGGGCCGGGGGUAGUUUAUGUGAAUGGCUUUUCAGCGAAGCCUUCAUUUCGUGUGAAUUGCCGAAAACUCAUUGAAUUAUUUUGUCAGGAUACUUACGGUCGUUACAAACAAAAUCUUUUCGUUUUCUCAAUUUUAACAGGAAAAUAUUAGCAACAAAAAUGAAGUGAGGUAAGGCUUGUUGUGAGUCAUAUCCUUGUUUCUUUUCCUAAAGCUGAGUCCACAAUUUUUGAAGUACUGCUGUCAAUAAACCUUUAUAUUUUCAAAUGCUACCAAUAUAAAUCAGCAGAGAUCAAAACUAUUAGUUUUUUGGUGGAGUUUGCAUCGGACUAGUUGAGAGAAAAAAAUAUAAAGCGCAUUUUUGAUGUGUGUGGUGGAAGAAAAAAAACUAUUUCCGUCAAAAUGUUUGUUGGUCAAAUCGUUGAAUUAGAUAAUUGAAGAGAUAACUCUGAGCAAGAGAAAAAGAUGUCCUGAAUAUCCAGACAAGCAAUCUUCUGGAAUUGUCUGAUAAAUAAUUCUUAACAACCCCCCUGACAGUACAGGUCAUAACAUGCGUGUUCAACACCCUCGCACAUGUCAAAAUUAUGUAAUUUAAAGACUAAGAUAAAGGAAGGUACUUCGUGGUGAAGACUGUCUAUUUUUUCUUCACCAUUUUCUUGUCAGUUUUUGUGUGUCACCAUCGCACAAACUUCUUUACGGAACAUUAUCAAAAAACCGAAACACAAAAAAAUUUUGCUUAAAACAAACAAUAUAAGUUUUGAAUGCACUAGAAAUUUAGUUUUGCAUCACAAAAGAAAACCCCUGAAAUGAUUGUUAAUGACCCAAGAAAUGAAACAAGCCAAUCGUCGGGAAGAGCAUUCAGUCACGUGGAUUCGCUAGAAAAACAAGUCAGGUACGGCGCGCAGUUUAAAACUUUCAAGGUUUGCAAUCACUUGACAGACGACAUUCUUUGGCAGCACUUUUGGGCAAUUCAUAUAACACAAAACAAAAAAUGAGAAAUUUCCCAUCGCCUCAAAGAAGAAAACUGAGGGAAACAGGUUUGUGUAUCAAUUUCACAACACAGUUUUACUUCGUGAAAAGCAACACUCAUUCGGCCACGUGUCACAACUCAAGUGCGCACUGCAUGGCUUCGGUUCAAACUUCGCUUGUUUAAGUGUUUGCUGGGGAAUAUUUUGAGGGGAAAACAGCUUUUCUGUACUAUAAUACGUGUAGCUUCUAUUUUCUUCUAGUUUUGUUGUGCACAGACCUUGCCACAAAAAAGUAAACACAGCAUUGGUUGGCGUGCUUCUUUGUGAAUGUUAAAAGGGAAACUAUACACCACCGGCAAUUGAAACAAGUAUUCACAGAAGAAAACCUCUAUUUUCAAGAAUCGCUUUCAGUAACACCUAUCUUGUAGAACAAUGAAACGAAAUUAUACGACCUAUAUGAUAAUGAAAUAUAUACAUGUAUUAACACAUAAUCAGGGAGACCUUCUUUCAAGAUCCGAGAUGUACCUGAAAGGUCCCGGAAAUAUAUUUUCCCGAGGAUGGUGACGGUUCCUUGUUGUUUUAUAAACAAACUAAACUUUUACUUUGAAGGUUAAGAACAAAUUGGUUCCUGAAUUACUUUCAUGAGUUCAGACUUAAUGAAGAGAUAUCUUUUCUUUGUGUGCGUUUUUUAGCUAAUUAUAACAUACAAUUACUCUCAAAUGAUACUGAUUUAAAUCCGCAAAGAUUAAUUCUUGUGGAAAUUUCCGUUCAAUAAGCCAAAGAGAGAGAGAGAGAGAAAGAAACGCGCCUCAAACAGUUUUGAUAUUUAGGGGUAAGAAGACUUUCUUUACAUGCGUGUGCUAGCCAAUUAGCAAAAUAAAAUAAUUGAACAGAUUUGUCUGCCCAAAAGAAAAGGAUAGUUUGAAUUCCACAAUGGAAAUGUUCUGGAAAUAUCAUAAUCUAAUAGCCAUCCAUAAAUGUGUGUCCAGCCCACUCUAGCAUUUGCUGCGGCAUGUUGUGUGGUUUAGUUUUUUAAUUUUUUAAACUUUUGGUCGGCCUUGCUUGUUUGUUCUUUCAUUUAUAUUUAUUUUUCUCUUCUCAGUUUCAAUUUUACCUGGUCUUUGAGAAAUGCGAUCCAUUUUAAUUACGUGCGUGGUUCAGCUGCAGCCUCUCCGUGCAAGACAAGAUCUGAUUUCAGAGCCAGUUUGACUCUGAUGGGGACAUUUUAAGAUAUAGGGAAUUGAAAAUUGGGAAGAUGAGACCUUUUAAGGUUUCUCUUCACCUCCUUCCAAUUUCUUCUACAUCUUACAAUUUACUCUGACGGUCAGAUGGGAAAGAGUCAGUAAGAAGACACUGAUGGAAGACAAACACUCCAGGUCAGAAAGCUCCUUGUGGUUUGGGUGGAAGGGUUAUUUUUAGUGCUCUGGAUGAAUCUUGCAUCAAAUUUCUUUCUCCAAGGAAAUAAUGAGUGUUGCCGCCAAAAUUAUUUCGCGUUUUUCUUCUUUGGCGUCAUCCUUUUUUUGUAUUCUUUGUCGCUUUUUCAUUGAGUUCUUUUGUUUUCACGGACAUUACUGUCAUCGAUAUUCUGUUACCUUGUUUAUUUUACAUAAUUUUUUUUGUUGUUUGUGUCAUUCAUAUAAGUUCUUUACAGCAAAUUUUAUUAAUUCGGAUUUAUCGUCUAACUGUGAUGGAUCAUUUUCCUCAUUCUCUUUAAAUCGUUUUACACCGUCUAUAACCAGCAAUUUGUCCCCGAUCUCGUACAACGUCUGUAAGUGUCUUUUAUUAUCCUUCAUUUUCGAUUUCUUCACGUACAAUUGUAGCAACUUGUAAUUUGUUGUCCUAUUUUAGCAACCAUUUCAAAUGUUCAUUUCGCUUUAAUACUUGGGUUUAUUUCGUUUGAGCGUUGAAACAGCCUCGUGUCCAGGGUUUCUCUCCUUUGGCUUCCAAAGUGAAGGCCUGGAUUCGAGAGAAGACGGUCAUGUGAGUCUUACGUGACUAGCACAGCUCCAUAAUAUUAUGAAGUACUGUGAAACAUCCACGCGCUGUCGGAAAGGGAUAUUUCGGAAGCGGGGUAGCUUGUCAAACCAAUACAGAAAAUGUAUGUUGAGAUCCAAAUCUAGUUAGCCUCCUUUAUAUUUUUUUAUAGAGCGUCGAAUUUAACGCUGAGAACCUGUAAAUCCGAGAAAAAAACCAUGUAAAUGUUCCAUGAAGACUGAGCGAGUUAUUGAAUUUCUUACGACGUCAAAAUUUACUUUGUUGCUUUUUCAGAAAAUGGAAAAUUCGAAUGAAAGUCAAGAUCAGAUGUCCACCUCACCUACACCGACGGGCUCCGCUAGACGUCCUGUACCAGUAGAGAACAUACACGUAGAAUUCACAGUGGUAAAAAAAUUAAAACCUUUCAGAUUUAGAUAAGCUUAACUUUUCGUAGUCAUAAAAAAGGGGUCAGUUUCUGAAGAAACUGUGGUACUGCGUCGGUGGGAGAGUAUAGCAGGUACUUUAGGGUUAACAACUGAGUUGAAAACGUUAAUUGGUCACCGUAAAGGGUAAAAAAGCUGACGUUUCGAACGUUAGCCCUUCGUCAGAGCGAUUGGCGCAGUUCUCCAUGGGACACACAGACAUCCCAGGAGACCUGGGAAAUGCAGAACUUUUGGUAUCAAAUGCAUAUGUUCUCAGAGACCUGAGGAAAACCUUGCUAGAUCGAUGAGAAGCAAUAUUAAGCUACAUUGAACGUAGUGUCUAUGUGAAAAAAUGCAAUGCUAUAAGGAUGUUAAGACAUGAUUUUUAAUAGCUGUUUGUUUGUUUUUACAAGCUUCCCAAUGCUGCUGGCGCUGAUCAAGCGUCAAACGAGUAAGUUGGGUAUUAUUUUGGUUGAUAUCUACUUUAAGCUUCUAACAACUAAUAAUUUUCCAAAGACGGUAAACACUUAAGAGAAAAGUUUAAAAUAAAAUUACGAUAACCUCAGGUGAACUUCAUUUCAAAAGAAUGACAUCCUCUGUUACUUAUUGAAUUAUAGUUUAGCGGUUCAGAUUAGUACAUUAUUUGUAAUUUUCACUGGUCAAAAUUUCAUUGUUUUUGUUAUUUGGGAUUUCUCUGUAUAGUAAGGUAGACAUACACAGUUUUGUACUCUCAUAUAAAAUUAUUGUUACAUUAUAACAGCUGCAAGGUCAGUUAAGUCAUUCUUUACAAACCCCACAGAAAUUAAAAUGAACCUGUCAGUCAAUAUUUUUUGCAGGUUGGAAUUUUUUGGUAAAACCUUGUUUUGUAAAUAAUAUGCAACUAUUGAAAAUACAAAUUAUACCAUUUAGCAAUUUACCAAUUAUACCAUGUCUUUGUUUAUAUGCCAUGUAUGCUGAAAUCAAAACAUGAUUUUUGGUUUACUUCAAAAAUAACUGCAUACUGAACCUUGCUCAUUUUAGCACUUUUCGCUGUAUUGAAAUUUCUUCUAUCCAUCUGGGUGAAAAAAAAUGGGAUAAAAAUUAAAUAUUUCAUGAAUUUAAUGUGUCUGUCAGUGAUUUGUUAUUUAAUCACAAUUUUGUUCAAGAGAAAUCUAUUAUUAAUAAUAUGUCACACAAAUUAAAAGUUUAGUUGAUUUUGCUUGAUGAAAUAAUCUGUUUUGUAUAUAUGAAAUUAUGGUGCUCAUCUACAAUGUAAUGGACAAUUCCACAGCCAAUUUUAAGCUAGUGUUAUACCUCAAUCAGUAAUAAAAAAAAAAACAUAUAUCACAGUUUUGUUCUUUGUUUUCAGCCUUGGCGAUGUUGUUGCUCCUUGCACCUCUAGUGUAAUUGGUGAUAUAAAUUGUGAGGUAGACACUGAAAUAAGACACCAAGGAUCACAAGUUAACGGAAAUCAACCUCCAGGUAUUUGAAGCUUUAUGAUGCAGUAAGACACAGAGCCAAAUAGUAAACAGGCAGGAUACUGGGUUAAAAGGGUGGAUUCAAGCAUAAUUAUGUUAAGGUCUAACUAACUUACUUAAUCCUCUUUGUGGAUCCUUCUACAUGAGGUCUCGGUUAGGGAAGGCCAUUGAUGUCUUUUAGUUGCCAGUCAGUCAAACUGCUCUCAUGUCCAGCCUCCAUUAAUCAUUUCCCUUUCUGCAGUUCUCCUCCAAGUUUUGGGUGAUAAACAUACGGGAGUCCAUUACAGGCAUGUACCUGUGACUCUGGGCAGGGCUGGCAGUUUCCUUUUCAUUUUUCCAUAUUCUUAUGUCACAUAUACCAUACCUCCAGUUCAGGGCUAAAAAUUGGCAGUUGCACGGUCACCAGUGGUGAGUUAAAACUGACCAGGGCUACCAAAAGUUAAGGUUUGAAUGCCCGAUGUGCAACUAUGCUACAGAAUUUUGAAAAGUUGCAAUGUAAAUUAUGUGAAGUACAAAGUUAAAAAUAGAACUCAAUUUGUAAUUUAAUUGGACUACCUUUCUCUUCCUUUCUUUGCCUGGACUCUAAGAUCAUCCAUAUUGGGGAAUUUUUAGUUCUGAAGUGGAAAUUCUGAGCCGUUUUUAUAGUGAUUUCAUGAGUGAUCCACAUUCACAACAUAUAGACGCCAUUUUGAUUUUGUGAUUGCCUGGUGACUCUGGACUUUUGUGUUCUUUCCUUUUAAUUAACGUUACAUUAAAAGUCAUGGGGAGUUUAUUCAAGUUUUUCAUUUUAAACUAGAGGAAAUCGAGGGCAACUUCAUUUUAAGAUGGGCCACUAAGAAUUCAAGGAAACUGGCCCAACUGGCCACCAAGCACUGGAGUUAAUUUUUAGCCCUGCAAGUUUGAGAUGUCUUUUCAGGGAGACAUAUAUUUGGAUUGGAAAAACUAAUAAUGAACCAAUGGGCCUAAUCUUCUUUUGAAUAACUUUUGUUAAAUUACUUCUGGCAUAGCAUGUAAACAAUUGCAUGUAGUUUUAUGCUUGUAGAAAAUUUGUCUACUGCAUUUGAACUUAAAGGAGGUCUUUCUGUAUUCAUUUAUAUUUAUUUAUUUACAUAAGUUAAAGAAUUAAAGGGGACACAUCAAUUCUCUGUGACUCUGAGUUUUGCGCCUAAGCGCUCAUCAGACAGAAAAGAAAAGUUCUGUUUGACGAGCACUUAGACGCGAAAUUCAGAGUCACAGAGAAUCGAUGCAUCCUCUUUAAUUCUUUAACUUAUGUAUACUUAGCUCUGCUACCACAGCAUUGAGCACUUUAUGCCAGGGUAGACUUUACCCCCACAUUCAUUUAUAUUUAUUUAUUUAUUUACUUUUUAUAUUUUUUGGUUGACAUGAGGUAUGACAAUAUUGGUGAUUUGUUAUCUCAUAGUUUGCUCUGAGCCUCAACCAUCAACAAAUGAAGAUUUUUCGUUAAAACAAGCACAAGAUGAAGAAAAGGUAUUGAAGAUAUUAAUUGUGUUUGAUAGUAAUGUUUGAGACCAAUAUGAUGAGGAAAAGGUAUGUAAAUGUGAAGGACAUAGGCAUGCAAACCUAAGAUGAAGCUGACUUAAUCAUGUAGAUUUGUAGCUACAAGUAGGUUAUUGAUUCUUUAGCUUUUUAUUUUUUAUAAUAUUAAGUGGUAAAUUUACUCAAUUUACCUCAAAAAUUGAAAUUUGUAGUAGUGUUUUAGUCAGUGGUACAGAAAUACCGGUAAGCCCAAUAAGACAGUUUGAGUAGAUAAAUGAUAUUGCUACAAGAUGAAAAAUUGACUUUGUUAAGUUGCCAUUAUACUGUCUGACAUUGGACAUUGUGUACCUUCACCUUUUCAAUGGCAUCACUGCUGAAGUUGACUUGAAUCACUUAUAGUGCAAAUUCAGACCAGGCUGGUCCAAGGUUUACUACACUGAUACUCAAAUACAAGCCAUUGACUGAAGAAGAAUGUAUGAUGAAAUUUAAUUUUGACAUGCAGAAAUGUUACUUCAUUUUUUUCUUUACUUAUUUGAUAAAUUAAUCAACCUGGAAUACUUGUGUUUUUUUCAUGGGCUGUUCCUUUUCUAUCCCUGAGUAAGGAAAUAAGAUUUCCCUUACUUACUUUUUGAAGCAUAAUGGCAAAUUAUUACAAUAUUUCUUUGAAAUACAAAUCAAGUUUUACCCUUUUGAUUUUAUAUAAUUUUCAUUCUUUUCAUUCCAGAAUUCCCACUAUUAUUGUGGUGUUUGCUUGGAAAAUGUCCAGGUGAAUGGAUGCUGCCAAAGAGUAGCACAUGAGGAAUGUUUACAUGCAUCUGGUUUGAGCCUUACAAAUUGCAACUGGUGAGUAUAAAAACAUUGAUUUGCUGGUUGAUUCAAAAUUGCACAUUUUGGCUGAAAAUACAGAAGCAAAGAUGUAAAACAAUUGGGUGACUCAACUGUUCAAAGCUGUACCCUGCCAUAUCAACAAUGACCAGAUGUUUGUUAAUCUUUUGUGGGCUUUGAUUCCAUUUUCAUGAAAUAAUGUAGUCGUGUUCAUGUCCAUUAUGACUGACAUCAUGGACAUGUCAAUCAUUUUCAUUAAAUUAUGUCUUUUCUGACACUUUGAAGUUUAUCAACCGGCAUUUUUACUUAAAGUUUGAGUUAUCAGGGUAAAUUUGAGCUAAGAGAAAGUGAAAUUAAGUUUGAGUGAAUGGAGUUUGAGUUAGCUGAUAUUAAUAAAGUGACUGAAAAAAUGGGGUGAAAUCCGAGGGAAAUCAGACUUUGUUUGAGCUAGCAGAGAGUUUGAGUUAAUCGGAGUUAGUGUGGUUCUUUUGAAAAGUACUGAACAAUGGACAUGUGUGAGGUUGAUAAUUCGAUCAACAUUGUGGUUUAAUUCAUUUAUCUAAUUAACAUAACAUUUAACCUACAUAUAUCUUUCCUUGAGAUAUUUAGUCCAAUACUUCUUUCUUUUUCUUGUUGACUUUGUCAUUUUGAGCAUAUCAAUGUUGUACUCUUCCGUAUUGACAAAUUCCAUACCAUAUGAUAGCUACAACCAGAAGUUUUGCUUUUGGGUAGUGCUGGGUGAAAAUUCUAUUGUUGUGGAAAUCUCAGCAUGGCCAGAGGAGGAAUGGAGUAGAAAGUCCUACUAUUUUUCAAGAUUUUAUAUUUUCUGUAAUAGGUGUAUUUGUCCUAUGCUCAUCGACUCUUAAUGUAUAUUAACAUAUGAUUUUCACAUUGUUGUAGUUUUCAUAGAAAGAGAACUGUCAAUGGAAUUGAUUAUCCAGGUAUGUGGACUAUUGCUGGAAAUGAAUCUUUUUUUUUUUCUUUUAAAGAGCCAGAUAGACAGAUUUUAUUGGAACUUUUUCAUAUUACAUAAAUUAUUUCAUAAAAAAACAACACUAGCCUGCAAAAGCUUUUGAGAUUUUAAUGAUCUACUGAAUUGCAGUUCUCUGAAGUGUGUAACUAAGAAAGCCUGAAACUUUCAUGAAAAAGGAAUAUCAAUUCUCAAAACUGCAGCCUGAUCAAACCAAAAAAUGCAACUCAAGGUAUUAGCUUCUUUAUUCCAAAUUGAAGUCCUUAUUUGGUCUGUAUUUUCAAAUAUGUUCAAAGAUGACCAAACAGUUGUGUUUUUGAUACAGUUCUUAAGUGAAUUUCAUUGAGUUGUCCCUUUUUGCAGCUGACUGACAUUUUUCUAAUAGAUUUCUAUCAAGUAAAUUGCUCUGUUUGCAGGAAUCUGUUUGUGUGACUGUUGCAGAUUGAAUCUAUGAACUCUCUCCUUGCUGUCACCCUCAGACCCCUUGUAAUUUCUCCUUACAAUAUUGCCUCUGGAUCACAUAUUUAGGUCAGGAAUAUAAAGGAAAUUAUCACCAACCAUAGAAUCUCUUGAUUGAUAGACAAAUUCUCCUUGUCAGCACCAUGGGAGAUGUAUAAAGAACAGUAUGGAGAAUAUGCAUACUGAUGUUAGGGUGUUGGAGAGUUUGUGAUAUUAUUUCUUGUUUUUGUUUAACACAGCUGCUCUAUCAUCACCAUCUAAACAACCAUCAACUAAUGAUGAUGUUUCUGACACGUGGGAAAAUCACCCUCUGCAGACUUUCCCACAACAUUCCAAGGUUUGAGUUUUUAAAUCCUGUUUUUAAACUGUAAAAAGUGUAUUGUUUAUUUGCAAUCAAUUCAGCAGAUAUUUUUUUCAAAAGUGUUGAGUGACAAGGAACUAUUAUCAUUGGCCAAAUGUAAAAACAGGGUAAUUAAGCGGUAUCAACUGAGUUGAAAACUUAAAUUGGCAACUAUAAAAAGUGUUAAAGCUGACGUUUCGAAUGUUAGCCCUUGGUCCUUUGCUCUGAUGUAGGUCUGAUGUAAGAAACAUCUGCUUUAAAACUCUUUAUGGUGACCAAUUUAGGUUGUCAACUCUGUUAAUAAUACUAAAUUACCCUGUUAUACUUUCCCACUGGUGCAGCACUAUUAAUAGUUUCUUUAGUAACUUACCCCCUUUAUUCAAAUGUAACAGCACCAUAGUUUUUUUUUUUUUUUUUUAAGAGGGAGUGGCAACUGUAAUUUUUUACACUCUAUAAAAUUUGAAUGUUAUACCUUUGCAUUUAAUGAACAGAUUGCUGGUGAAGCAAUAAUGAAUUCAAUCAAUCAAUUUUUUGUUCUUCCUUUUGAUCAUGUUUGAGUUAUGUUUGUUGGUAAUGUUAGGUCAUUGUAUCAUAUUUAAUCAUAAUUCUGUGCUUACUUAGCUUAUCUUUCUUUCAGGUCUUGUCACUGUGUUGUGAAAUUUGUGGAAAAGAAGAGGUCUUCAUGAAAUCACUGUGCUGCAACAGUGAAUACCAUCAGGAUUGCUUUAAUCAGUGGAGAGAAGAGGGUCACACAAACUGCCUUUAUUGCCGGUGUCCCAUGCAAGAGGGUGGCAGAAGAAAUGGUGGUGGAGAAGAUGACAGUGGAAGCAAUGGUGGAGGAAGAGGAAGAGGAGGAGGACUUGAUGGUGGGAGAGUGGAUGUUGAUGUUGUUGGAGAAAAUAAUAAUGGAGGAGGUGAUGGCAGAGAAGGUCAUGACAGGGGAGAUGAUGACGGUGACCCUGGUGGUGGAGGGGAUGAUGAUGGUGGUUGUGGUGGUGGUGGUUGUAGAGGAGGUUCACCAUUAACCUCUCAACCACCACCACCAUCAUCUUUUCUUCAGCUGUUGUUGCCGCCUCUUACUCCACUGCUUUUUCCUCCCCAACCACCAUCAGCUGAUGACAGGGAUGAAGAGGAAGAUUUUGAAAGAGGAGUUGAUGAUCAAGGUGGAAAUGAGAAUUCAGGUAACUUUUUUCCGUUUUUUUAGUCCUAAACCUACACAUUGCUAGUUGUGAUGACUCUUUUCAGCUUGUAGUUUGAAUUGGUACCUGUGUAGUGUUGAUGGGUGUGGUACUUACGUUAAAGAAUGAAGCUUCCUUACUCUUUAUACUCAGAGUCAAUUCCCAGCAAUGACUGCCUUGUAAUGGGGUAGCUUCUUGUAUGGGAGUAGGUGAAACGCCCCUACUAGUUAAAGGUCACCAAAAUCUCGAGAAGUUUCUACAUUCCAGGCUAAUUGUGUGCUUUUGAAGACUUCAUCAAACCCUUAUCCUUCCUUAUCGUUUAGCCUCAAUUACGAACCCUGUUCAUACACUGAGCCCAUGUACCACCCUGGAAUCUGGAGUUUAGUGGACCAGUUUGGAUAUGACGGCAGUAAUCAAGACCACAUUCAAUUUAAACUAUAAUUAAAAUAUUAAAUGUGUUUCAAAAAAGGUUGAGUAAAUGUACUCUCUAUUUAAUCCUAGCCUUCCCUUUUUUCCUGUCAGAUCAUUAUGAAGGAGAGGAAUACUAACAGAGAACCUGGUGCUGAUGUACUGAGCCACCAAGCUCUGAACAUUGUUAAAUUUAACAUGCACACUGUUUAUGUUUACUAUUCCACUCUAUUUGAAUUCAUAUUUUGCAAUAAUUAUUACAAUGUUUGUUACAUAAAACGUUUAAUUUAAGAUGCGUAAUCUAGUUGUUCAGUUCAGUUUCAAUCAAGCUAACCAGUUAUUUGCUACAAGUACAGAGGCAGUCAAGAAGUAAGUUUUCAGUUGAUUUCCAAGUUAUUACAGUUAAUUUUCUGUUUGUUUUGAAACACUUGUAAGGCUGAGUGCCAACAUGAUUUCUUUGUAUUUUAGAUCGAAUUGUGUUAUUAAAUUAAAUACAGUUCUUCCUUCGUAUGAGCUCUUUGGUUUAUGGUCCCAGUGGGAACAGUUAGUUUUGUUUUCUCCAACUAGUUUCCCAAGGGACCAUUCAUUAAGUGCUUUGUUGAACAUUUAGACUUUUAAGGGAAUUCCCUUAAACAAUCACAUGGCAAAAACGUGCUGUUGUAUUCAGUGCACGGGCAACAACUGCGCAAUCGUACCUGGUCAGGAUACAUUUGAAUUUGAUCAGGGGCACAUGGAUAAGAAUCAACAAAUCACAGUGCUCGUUUUGUUGUGUGAAAGUCUAGGUAUAUAACAAUAAUCAUUGUUAGGUUUCUCCUCUCUCCCCCUCCUGAUCUUGCUAGUCAUUAAUAAAAAAGUCACCAGGGAAAGUACUUCAGUUAACUGACUGUGAUAAUUACAGUAUGUUCUGAAAUGUCAUUAAUGGAAUUGAAAUCAGUUUAUUAUGGUUAUAAAGGUCUAUUCUAUUAGUUACUGAGACACUAGUUAGGGAAAUUCCUUUUUGUUUGGUGCAGCUAAUCUGCACCACAUAAAUAUAACUACCCUGAAUUAUUAACUUCAUCAAAAUCACCUUCCAUGAUAUCAUUGUGUUCUAAAUGUUUUUAAACUUUGUACUCAAGUAAUGAAGUCUGAUGGAAGGAAAAGUUUGUUGAAAUCAUGCAACUUAGAGAGAAUUGUCCCAGCCUGACAUACUGUGAUUAUCAGUUCAAAGCUCUACUCCCUUCUUUGCCCAAAAAUAACCUAAGUUUGUCAAUUGUCUUUGUAGCUUAGAACGUGUAAGAGUUCAGUGUUACAUCUUAUGUAGCUACUAUGUAGCACAAUUACAAAUUAGUAAUAAAGUC